GAGGCUGCCGGUGCUGCGGGGCAGCCGCCGGCUUGCUCGCGUCCGCGGCCCGCGCGGGACCGCCGGUCGCCGUCCAGUCGCUCUGCCAGCCACGGCACCAGGCGGAGACUCAGGCGUUCUUGCGAUGGUUUUCCUGGUCCUGUAACCGUCAUUUCUUGCAGAGGUCUGUAGUGGUGAGAUUGGACCUCCCAACCCUACGGAUACAUUAACAAGAGCAGUGAUUCCCAGGUUUUCUCAGCAAUGUACUCCAUUUCCUGGCACGCUUAACCACUGAUCUCCUUUUUACAAGAAGAAAAUUUUGGUGGAGAGUUACCCAGCAAGGAAAGGAUGUGUGGCUGUUAAGAUAGACAAGAAGAAAGGAGGUAAAUUCCAGCCUUUUAAGAAGUUGUUUGGCAGAAGGAAAAAGAAAGACACUUUGUGGUCCCAGGAGGCGUCAGCAGGGAAUAAGAAUCACUCUCCACAGAGUGUCAGCAAUGGGAACUUCUCUUCAGAUGAGGAGACCUUGGAAGACAAUCUGAGGUCCUUCAACUAUUCUAUGGGAACCCGGGCAUUUUCCCAUGACAGUAUUUUUAUCCCUGAUGGGGGAGCAGAAAGUGAGCAGACAGUUCAAGCAAUGUCACAGGACAACAUCCUGGGCAAAGUCAAAACUCUUCAGCGACAGUUGAGCAAAAACAUCAAGUUUGGGCGGCCACCACCCACUGCCAUUCCCAUGAAGAAGGCAGACAGUGGUGAGGCUAGCUUAGAAGAGGAUCUGUUCCUGACCAGUCCCGUGGAAAUUGUGACUCACGAGGACAUCAUCCUCUCAGACACCGAGAACAAACCCAGUGACACUCCAAGUUCUCGGAGUCCUCCGAAUCGGCCUGGAGCCAGAAGUGAGAUGGAAGAGAAGGUGGCUCCAGUUAAACCGUCUCGGCCAAAAAGGCACUUCUCUUCUGCUGGAACCAUCGAAAGUGUCAACCUAGAUGCCAUCCCCCUGGCCAUCGCUCGCCUGGACAACAGUGCCGCCAAGCACAAAUUGUCCGUAAAGCCAAAAAACCAGAGAGUGUCCAAGAAGCACCGGUGGCUUGCCAGGGAUCGACCAAAUGAACAUGGUGGUCUUCCGCGUCAGCCCUCCCUGGACCAGAACGGACACUCUGGAGAAGACAAGCCAAUUUGGCACGAAGAGGAACCAGAGCUGCUAGACUCUGAAGAAGAGAAGAGAUGCCAAGAAGAAUACUGGCUAGAGCUUGAGGCCAAAUGCAAACGGCAGAAGGCCGAGGCAGCUGAGAGGAGACGUCUGGAAGAGCAGAGACUCCAGGCCUUGGAGAGGAGGCUUUGGGAAGAGAACAGAAGCCAAGAGCUCUUGGAGGAGGAAGGAGAGGACGAGCAGGGAGAGGAGACAGAACUACAGCUGGAGGCAGGAAAGAGGCCGCACGAAGAGGAGAGGCAGAGACUGGGAGAGCAAGGUGGCCAAGGCCAAGAGCCGAGGGAGCAAGAGGAAGGAAGGCACCCGGAGGCCCAAGAGCAGGCGGUGUGCGGCGGGCAGGAGGCGGAGAAGCAGCGGCAGCUACAGGAAGAAAAAGAACUGAAGGAGCUCAGGAGGCAUGGGGAGGAGGAGCAGCGGCGGCGGGAGGAGCAGCACAGGCGGAUGGAAGAGGAGCAGCGGCAGCGGGAGGAGGAGCAGCAGCGGCGGCUGGAAGAGGAGCAGCGGCAUUUGGAAGAGGAGCAGCGGCGGCGGGAGGAGGAGCAGCUGCGUUUGGAAGAGGAGCGGCGGCGGCGGGAGGAGGAGCAGCGAGAAUGGGAGAAGCGGCAGCUGGAAGAGGAACAGCGCCGGCAGGAGGAGGAGGAGCAGCGGGAAAGGGAGGAGCAGCGAGAAUGGGAGGAGCAGCGGCGGCUGGAAGAGGAAGAACGCCGGCGGGGGGAGGAGCAGCGGCGGCUGGAAGAGGAAGAGCGCCGGCGGGAGGAGGAGCAGCGAGGAUGGGAGGAGCAGCGGCGGCAGGAGGAGGAGCAGCGGCGGGGGCCGGAGGCAGCGGCCAAAGGAAGGGCGGAGCUGGGGAAGCGUGAGGAAGUGGAUGCCGCGAGGCGGCAGGAAAUGGAGCGUCGGGAAGCCGCGAGAGUGCGCGAGGAGAGGUGGCCGCAGCUGGACGACAAAAGGGGCCUGAGCCCACUUCACGUCGACUUUGCAGAGAAACCUGGGAAACGAGAGCACCUGCAGCCCGAGAAGCAACGAGAAAGCUCCGAGGAAUCCAGGAUUUGCGAGAAGCAGAGUCAGGAGGCCGAGGCAGCCGGCGAGCUGCAGGGACGGCGCGGGGCUGGUCCUGGGCAUGGCCGUCGUGCUCGUCCGGAAGAGAGACCAGAAACUAGCGCGCAGCCUCCCCAGAAACACCAGGCGCAAGUGGAAGAGACUCCCGGGGAGAGAAAGGACGCCGCCUUUCAGACAGACAGAAAGGGGGAGGAACUCCGGUGGCAGGAGGUGGACGAGAGGCAGAGCAUGCCCAGGCCCUACACUUUCCAGGUAUCAUCGGGAGGGAAACAGAUUCUCUUCCCCAGAGUCAAUUUGAGCCCAGUGACACCCGUGAGAGAUGCGGGACUGGCCUCCGCUCCCCCCGCGCCGAAGAACCCCCGAGCCAGCCCGGCCGCCCACGCCCUGCCCUCCUCCCUGAGUGUCCCCCACACAGCCAUUCUGGUGACGGGCGCGCAGCUUUGCGGCGCGGCGGUCAACCUGAGCCAGAUCAAGGACACGGCAUGCAAGUCUCUCCUGGGCUUGUCAGAAGAAAAGAAGCACGUGGAUGUCCCUGCGCUGGAGAACGCAGCCCGCGCGCCUGUCGAGCCCCGGGCAGGCAGCGGGAAGGUCAGGGCCCCCCAGGAGUCUCCGAGCAGUGUGGCCGCGCUAGCUGAGUGGGCUUCCAUUCGGUCCAGGAUCCUGAAGAGCGCGGAAGGUGAGCCGCGCAGCGAGAGAGGCCGGUCUCGGCCGGGUGAUGAGCACGCUCCCAGGGCCCGCAGUGAUUCCCGCGGGAACCUCCGGAAGACCCCCCCAGUAAGUGCGAAGUUCUCUAUUAUGCCCGCUUGGCAGAAAUUCUCUGACGGUGGCACCGAGACCUCCAAACACAACACAGAAGCAGAGAGCAUUAGAAAAAGACCCUCGCCGGGAGCCGGCGACGGAUCGGUGCCCCAACCCCUGGCUACUAAUGAGCUCCCCAAGGGCGCGGAGAAACCAGAGCCAGCAGACACCACAGAGGGGUGCAAAUUUGCCAAAGACCUCCCGUCUUUCCUUGUCCCAAGCCCUGCUUACCCGCCUCACAAAGCCGUGGCCCAUGCAGAGCCCAUGGCCGCUUCGGACAGUGAGACCACCAGCGGGAGAGGAAAGCCAGACCCCUCGAUGCCUGGCCAGGAGGAAAAAGCCUCACCUUUCGGAAUAAAAUUGAGAAGGACCAACUACUCCUUGCGCUUCCACUGCGACCAACAGACAGAACAGAAGAAGAAGAAAAGGCACAGCAGCACCGGGGACAAUGCCGAUGGCAGCCCACCCGCACCAGGGAGCGCAAAAGGAGAGGGGACGGAAGCCGUGGCCCCCAAGCAUGGCCCGGCCCUGCCCCCCGAGAGGAAGCCAGCCCUGUCCGCCUGGAAGGACUCGGCCACAAGAGCCCACCCUUCUCCCGCGGCCCCGCCGGCCGGCAGCCAGACCCCCGCCGCAGAGCACGACAAGGCGGCCAACAAAAUGCCCCCGGCGCAGAAGCCAGCGCUGGCCCCCAAGCCCGCCGGUCACACGCCCCCCUCGUCCCCACUCUCCAAACUGAGCAGGCCCUACCUGGUAGAGCUGCUGGCCCGCCGCGCGGGGAAGCCGGACCCGGAGGCUCCCGAGAGCAAUGAGCCCCGGCCGCCGCCGCCGCCGGCGUCCGCGGAGCUGAGGCGGACGCACCAGAGGGAGGAGGAGGAGGAGGAGGAGGAAGUGGAGGAAGUGGUGGAACUGGAGCGCAAACCCGCUUCCCCGGCCCUGCCGGCCGCUCGACCGGAGAAGCCUUCCCAAACCCCCGAGGCCGGGAGGAAAGAAAAGCCGGUUCUUCAGAGCAGGCACUCUUUAGAUGGCUCCAAACUUGCGGAGAAAGUUGAAACGGUGCAACCACUGUGGAUAACAUUAGCACUGCAGAAGCAGAAGGGGUUUCGAGAGCAGCAAGCAACUCGAGAGGAGAAGAAGCAAGCCAGGGAGGCCAAACAGGCCGAAAAGCUCUCCAAAGAGAACGUCAGUGUCAGCCCACAGCCUGGAAGCAGCAGCGUGAGCAGGGCGGGGUCCCUGCACAAGCCCACCACCCAGCCGGAAGAGAAGAAGCCAGAGACGGCAGCGUCCAGGCUUGAGCGUAGAGAACAGCUGAAAAAGGCCAACACCCUUCCUACAUCUGUGACAGUGGAGAUCUCGGAUUCAGCCCCCGCCGCGCCGCUGGUGAAAGAAGUCACAAAGAGGUUCUCAACCCCAGAUGCUGCCCCCGUGUCAACAGAACCAGCCUGGCUGGCUUUGGCCAAAAGGAAAGCCAAGGCCUGGAGCGACUGUCCACAGAUCAUUAAGUAGAGUGACUUUUAUCCACUCCUGCUGCCAGUUACUGGCUCUUCUCUUGCCCUUGUUAUUUAUUUUUUAUAUGAGGUAAAGAAACCAUGCUAGGGAAAAGCAGCAUGUUUUAUAGGCUCUAAAAUAAUGUUCAGAAACUGAAUCGGUGGCGUUUCUUGUAAAGAGUGUAUUUGCACAAUCCUAGGUCCUGGUACCUUGAGCUCUUCCUCGUUCUCAAGAGAAAGUUCCAUCCGAGGGACCACAUGAAGCAAAAUCUCCAAACUAAGAACUUUUCAUAAGAGCCUACCAUGCCCCUUCCACAGCCCUUCCACACAUACGCGCCUACACACCAUUUAGAACAGGACGUUUGCUAAUCUUUGUAAUGACUUUUUGAUUCUCCAGCUUCUUUUAUCUAGAACAUUUACCCUACCAUAUGUUUGGUGGUUUCUUUCCUUUUCUACAGUAAUGGCGAAAGAAGGGGUCAUACAGACAGAAACAAGACGCCCGUUCUCCUGAAUGCAUUGAGUAACUGGGAAUCCUAACAGUCUGGCUGCCAACUCUGCCCACGUCUGCUUUUCUGAAUCCUUCCUGAUCUGAAACCAUAACACAGAAAGUGACUCUAUUCACACUUCCGCCACACUGAUGUCCGACAGGUCCUGUCAUACCAGUACUCUCCUUCAGGACGUGCUAAACAUUUGGCCUAGUUGGCUCCUAGGGAACAUGUUUAUUUAGGAUCAUGAAGAAAGGAAGCCACAGAUUCUCUUCCCAGCUCUGAGAAUCCCCGACCUAGUGCAGUUGUUCUUAAGAUGUCCUGGCCCCAUCCCCUGCCUUCCGAAUUCAAUCCUGUGAGUCUGGGCCAGGAAGGUCUAUUCUGGCAAAACUCUUCAGACCAAUUCUGAUACAUCCCAAAGGAGAACCUUGGGAUACUCUGCUUCCAGGGUAAUCUAGCUUUUAAAACUCUGAAGGGGAGGCUCAUUUUACCCAAAGAAGUGAAAGGAAAAAUUAAAAAAACCAUUCCCCCAAACCAGACAUUUACUACAAGAUAGGGGAGGCUACUGACAUUGAAGGUCUCUGAAUAUUCCCUUAGGUCUUUAGGGAAAAUUUAACAGGAAGCCAAGAUUUGGAGCCUGUGUACUAAGGACUUCUGUGGAAAGUUUCUUUACCAUAAUCGAGUAAUUCAUAUUUAGAGUCAAAUGUUCAAUAGCAUUUGUAAUUUUGAGCAUUCACCUUGCUACCUUUGAAAACAUCUCCGAGUCUUAAGGGGCCUUGCUACUCAAACCGUGUGGUCCAAAGAAGGCACAUGGCAAUUCACAAGCAUGAAGCACAGGCCUACCAGCCAACCCACACAUUGCCAGUACUGACUUUAUAUUUCAUGGUGUUGGCAUAUUCUCCUUUUCUGAGAUUCUGACUCCAUAAUAGAAGUAUAUACAUCCUUUGCCCAGUGCAUGGGGAACUGCAUUCCUUUUCCCGCUCCUGCAAAAACACAUCUUACCAGUAUCCAUCAUCAUUUUCCUCUAUGCGGAGCUCAUCUGACAGGCAAUGUAUUGUUGCUUUUCUGCCAUUCGCCACAGAGAAGGCAUUUUCUUGUCUGGAAACCAUGGCUCAGCCUUCUGGUUAGUGGCACAUAUGGUCACGCGGACGGUUGUACUCCUGCAAGCUGGACUUAAUAGUCUAUAUACUGGAUCUUCCAGCUAUUAAGAAUCAGUGUAACGAAUUUUCUUUUGUUCCUGUGGGAAGCAGUUAAUAUUCCACUGCAUGUUUUCCACACUGGUGUUCAUUCCUAAAUCAAACAUGUAGGCAUUUGUCAGUUUUCAGUGAUUUCAUUACUAACAUAACACACUUUUUAAUGGGAAUCUUUCCGCCUAGAGCCCUGGUAUUAUAGUGCUACGAUAAUUCUUAACUUUUUCUUUCAUCCUGUCAGCUCUGGAUAAUACCCCAGUAAGGGUGGAGAACAGGGGCAGCAGUCAGGUCACUGAUGAAGAAUCCUAGAUGAGCCCACCGCUCCUGGCUCACGGAGCACCGAGCACAUACGAAGCAGGAGAAGAUACCUCAGUUACAAAGUUUCUCUUAAAGUCUCCAAAAGUAAAAGAGGACGCUGCGGACAGCACGGUCGGUCGCAGCACUCCCAGCAACUUUUAAAGGGUACAUGUUUAGUAUUUCAUGUAAAAUAACUCCAAAUUUGCACUAAAUACCAAUGAAGUGUUAUUUUGCUUUAGUUGUGUUGCAGUCUUUUCUGAUCAACAAACUAUGGGGGAAAUUCUGUAAAAAGACUUUUUUUAAAAUGAAUAAUUGCGAUGUUAAAUUUUUUUUUUUUAACUUAAACAUACACUUCUCUUGGCAAAGGUAACAGAUUAAUCUCUGUUCAUAAACAUAUAUAAAUGAGCUUUUUGUUUACUUUUUUAAUUUUUCAAGUGCAAUUCUUACACAUUAAGUUAUUUUAGCCAGUUAUCAGCAAAUUAUAGUAUGUAUUGUCUCUUCUUGUGACAUUUAGUUUAAUUGCUUAUUUUAAAGCAGAAACAUUAGUUACAAGCGUCUUGCCAUAUUUUUACCAAUAAUAAAAUUAAGUAGAAACAAUGGAAAAUAGUGUGAUUUUAAUAUUAUUUUGAGAUUUUUGGUUUUGGUAUAAAGAUUUAAUGUAAAAUGUCCACUAUUGAAGGAAAGUGAUCUUUCAAUAAAAAAUACCUAUGAGAU